AUGACGUCGGUAGGUCUACUCUCAUCAGGUUAUGAAGCGAGUACCAGUGGAACCACUGAUCGAUUGCCAGAUGAGAUGAACGGGAUGAGCAUAAGGGAUGAAAAGGAGGUGGAAGCCGUUGUUGUCAAUGGCAAUGGGAUGGAGGUUGGUCAUACUAUCGUGACAACUGUUGGUGGAAGAAAUUCACAGUCGAGGCAGACUAUUAGUUACAUGGCAGAACGUAUCGUGGGGCAAGGUUCAUUUGGAGUUGUCUUCCAGGCCAGGUGUCUGGAAACUGGUGAGAGAGUAGCUAUAAAGAAAGUUCUUCAAGAUGUGAGAUACAAGAACCGUGAGCUGCAAACAAUGCAAGUUCUUGAUCACCCAAAUGUUGUAUGCUUGAAGCAUUACUUCUGCUCAAUGACUGAUAAGGAAGAGCUUUACCUCAAUUUGGUGCUUGAAUAUGUGCCAGAAACUGUUCACCGUGUUAUUAAACAUUACAAUAAGAUGAACCAACGGAUGCCGUUGAUUUAUGUUAAACUCUAUAUGUAUCAGAUCUGUAGAGCUUUGGCUUACCUGCACAACUGCGUAGGAGUAUGCCACAGGGAUAUAAAGCCACAAAAUAUUCUGGUGAACCCACAUACUCAUCAGCUGAAGUUGUGUGACUUUGGCAGUGCCAAAGUCUUGGUACAGGGGGAACCAAAUAUUUCAUAUAUUUGUUCUAGAUACUACAGAGCUCCAGAGCUCAUAUUUGGUGCUACGGAGUACACAACAGCCAUUGAUGUGUGGUCUGCUGGUUGUGUUCUUGCUGAGCUUCUUCUAGGGCAGCCUGUUUUCCCUGGGGACAGUGGUGUCGAUCAGCUUGUUGAAAUUAUUAAGGUUCUAGGUACUCCAACACGGGACGAAAUUAAGCGCAUGAAUCCAAACUACACCGAAUUUAAGUUUCCGCAAAUCAAAGCUCACCCAUGGCACAAGAUCUUCCACAAAAGAAUGCCAUCUGAAGCUGUAGAUCUUGUUUCUCGGCUUCUGCAGUACUCACCAAACCUCCGGUGCACUGCAUUGGAGGCGUUAGUCCAUCCAUUCUUUGAUGAACUGCGGGACCCAAACUCGCGUUUACCAAAUGGUCGUUCCCUUCCCCAUCUCUUCAAUUUUAAGCCUAAUGAGUUGAGAGGAGUACCAGCGGAGUUUGUUGUGAAAUUGAUUCCCCAGCAUGCUAAGAAGCAAUGUGCCUCCUUUGGAAUUUGA